CCCCCCCCUCCGUUCAAAACCCUCCACCCCACCUCUCUUUUUCCUCGUGAUGGAAACAGUUGAGUGCUGUACAAGGAUCAGCAGAGAUGCGUUCGAAGUAGGCGCGCAUCGGAGGAACCUCCGCCGCCCCAAACUCCGCUUCUGGUUUUGCCCUCCGAAUCGGCCUCCCGGUUCAUAGCUCCCUAAUUUCUCUUCUUUCUUCCUCUUCUUCUUCUUCUUCUUCUUCUCCUCGAGCUUAAAUUCGAAGUCUAGGGUUUGUCAUGGGCACGGUUCCUGUGGGUGUAGGGGGGGUGAGGGUUACGGAGAGCUCGUCGGCGUCGCUGGUGGUGGAUGACGGGGAGAGGGUGGGGAAGAAGGGGGGAGUUGGGCGGGGAGCGCCGGAGGCGAAGACGGCGAUGGCGUUGAAGAACCACAGCGAGGCGGAGAGGCGGCGGAGGGAGCGCAUCAAUUCGCACCUCGCCACGCUCCGGACCAUGGUGCCUUGCUCCGACAAGAUGGACAAAGCUGCGAUACUCGCUCAAGUAAUCAAUCACGUGAAGGAACUAAAGAGCAAAGCAGUAGAAAUCAGCAAAGGCUACAAUAUCCCCUCCGACACAGACGAAGUGCGAGUUGAAGCUGAAGCCAAUGCAGUAAACAGCGGGAGCUUCUAUAUCAGGGCAACACUUUGUUGCGAGGACCGCCCCGAACUCUUUGCCGAGUUAAGACAAACAUUAGAUACUUUACAGCUAAAGCUAAUCAGGGCAGAGAUUUCUACUUUGAGCGGUCGAGUCAAAAACAUACUAAUAAUGAGGUGUGAUGAUAAUGCCAACGACAUUGACAGGCACAUCUACACGGCCUCCGUUCACCAGGCCCUAAAGUCCGUUCUUGAUAGGGUUAAUUCAACAGUUGACUUUUAUCCACGGGCAAAGAGGCGAAGGAUCUCAAUGUUUGAAUCUUCAUGUUCCUCGUCAUGAGGCUCUAAAAGCUUUUUAAGUGGCACUAAUUGUACAUCAUUCCACACUUCUAUCAUGGGGCUUCGGUUUGUUUGCGUUCAUACAAUGUUGUAGUUACAGCAGUGUUCUUUGUAUACAAAUGCACAAUGAGGAAAGGCUCUGUGAUAUAUCAUUUUAUUACUAUGGUGGUCGUCGAUAUUCGGAGGAAAAGAUGCUGCAGCGGAUUAAGUGAGCCUUUAGCUUAUUAACAGUGUUGCUUGUCUGUGUAGAAAGGUUGAUUCCAGUUUUUAGGGAUCAUGUAUUUGGUUUCUAUUGAUGUAAAUAAACAAAAUGGAUGUAAUGUGAAUGGAUAUUUGUAAGUGUACUUGUUUCUCGUACAACGAAGGCAUUUUUUGCUUC